UCACGUCCAGCUCUUGGCUCAGGAGACCAAAUUGCUGCAAGUUGUGGACACACGAGCGCGUGUAGCGCAUCGACUUUGGCGUCAAUGGAUCGUCACUUCAGUUUGAUUUCGAUUUGGCUCCAACUGGAACUUUGCGCCAUGGCUGUCCUUCUCACUAAAGGGGAAAUAAGGUGUUACUGUGAUGCACCUCACUGUGUGGCCACAGGAUACAUGUGCAAGUCUGAGCUAAACGCCUGCUUCACCAAGGUGUUGGACCCACUAAGCUCCAACUCUCCCCUCACACACGGGUGUUUAGACCCCAUCGCCAACGCUGGCGACGUCUGCAGCAACCAGAGGGCCUCAGACGCCCUCGCCGGUGCCGCCACUCUGGACUGUUGCCACGACGACAUGUGUAACUACAGAGGCCUGCAUGACCUGGCACACACAAGGGACUCCACAGAUCAUGGUCGAUACCAGCAAGAGGGCAACAACAGAAACCUGGUGACGCGUGUUCAGGAGUUAGCCUCGGCCAAGGAGGUGUGGUUCCGAGCUGCGGUGAUCGCCGUCCCCAUCGCCGGCGGCCUCAUACUGGUGCUACUCAUCAUGUUGGCGCUGCGUAUGCUGCGCAGUGAGAACAAGCGGCUACAGGAUCAACGGCAGCAGAUGCUGUCGCGGCUUCACUACAGCUUCCACGGCCACCAUACCAAGAAAGGCCAUGUGGCAAAGCUGGACUUGGAGUGCAUGGUGCCCGUCACGGGUCACGAAAACUGCUGUCUGACCUGCGAUAAGAUGAGGCAGACGGACCUCAGUAAUGAUAAGAUACUAUCCCUCGUCCACUGGGGAAUGUACAGCGGCCAUGGCAAGCUGGAGUUUGUAUGA